CUGAUGCAUUCAACACAUGUGUUGUGUAUGCUAUCAGCAAUAGGAGUAAUUUACGCUCAGUUUUCCCUUCUGCAAGAAAGGGCAAAUCAUCUAUUGGUGAAAGCUUCUAAGAUUUGUCAGCAGUCUGCAGCUAAUUUCUGUGUGUGGCUCAUCAACACCAUUUAGAGGCUGGAAACACUGUGGAUGAACAAGCGAAAAAGUCUUGUCAAGAUCUUAUCUCAGGGGUAAUGAUUAGUUUAAAAUGAGAGAGGAAAUUAAUGAUUUUUUUUUUAAAGAGAAAUAGAAUAUUUGAUGUGAAGAACUCCCAGCUUGUUUUUGACGAAAACAGAGCAAGGCUGUGAGCAAUUCAAGGCUUUGCAGGAGCAGGGGCUGUGUUUAAACAGCAGUUAUUCUGUUACUUGUCUGAGAAACGUCAGCAGAUGGACUUUGGUUUCAAUGCUGUGAAUAUUUGCAGUGGCUUUGGACGUUGGAAUAUAAGCAGUGAUCUUCUUUUCUCCCUCUUGUAUUUACCUGCUGAAAAAUGAGUGAGGAAGCAAAGGAAAAAAAUGCUAAACCGGCUCACAGGAAAAAGAAAGGAAAAAAGUCUGAUACAAACGCAAGUUACCUACGAGCUGCUCGAGCUGGCAACCUAGAAAAGGCUCUUGACUACUUAAAAACUGGAGUGGACAUCAACAUUUGCAAUCAGAAUGGGUUGAACGCACUCCAUCUUGCUUCCAAAGAAGGUCAUGUAGAAGUUGUUUCAGAACUGAUAAAGCGAGGUGCCAAUGUGGAUGCAGCAACAAAGAAAGGAAACACAGCACUGCACAUAGCAUCUCUGGCUGGACAGACAGCAGUUGUUAAAGUGUUGGUUACAAAUAAGGCCAAUGUCAAUGCACAGUCUCAGAAUGGUUUCACGCCAUUGUAUAUGGCAGCCCAAGAAAAUCACCUGGAAGUUGUUAAGUUUCUUCUUGACAAUGGUGCAAGUCAGAGCCUUGCUACCGAGGAUGGUUUCACACCUUUGGCAGUAGCCUUGCAACAAGGUCAUGACCAGGUGGUUUCACUGUUGCUUGAAAAUGAUACAAAGGGAAAAGUCCGUCUUCCUGCUCUCCACAUUGCUGCCCGCAAGGAUGACACAAAGGCUGCUGCUCUGUUGCUGCAGAAUGACCAUAAUGCAGAUGUGGAGUCAAAGAUGUUGGUGAAUAGAACAACGGAGAGUGGUUUUACUCCACUCCACAUAGCGGCUCACUAUGGAAAUAUUAAUGUUGCUACAUUGCUAUUAAAUCGGAGUGCUGCUGUGGACUUCACUGCAAGGAAUGAUAUCACUCCAUUACAUGUUGCAUCGAAGAGAGGAAAUGCUAAUAUGGUCAAACUCUUACUUGAUCGAGGCGCUAAAAUCGAUGCCAAAACAAGGGACGGGUUGACACCUCUCCACUGUGGAGCAAGAAGUGGGCACGAACAGGUUGUGAAAAUGCUGCUUGAUCGUGGGGCCCCCAUUCUAUCCAAAACCAAGAAUGGUUUGUCUCCAUUGCACAUGGCAACACAAGGAGAUCAUUUAAACUGUGUUCAGCUUCUGAUUCAGCACAGCGUGCCUGUUGAUGAUGUCACUAAUGACUAUCUGACUGCACUGCAUGUUGCUGCCCACUGUGGCCACUUCAAAGUUGCCAAGGUUCUCUUGGAUGAGAAAGCUAAUCCUAAUGCCAAAGCACUGAAUGGUUUCACACCUCUUCACAUUGCUUGCAAGAAGAACAGAAUUAAGGUUAUGGAACUUCUCCUGAAACAUGGUGCAUCUAUCCAAGCUGUAACUGAGUCGGGCCUAACUCCAAUCCAUGUUGCUGCCUUCAUGGGACAUGUAAAUAUUGUGUCACAGCUGAUGCAUCACGGAGCAUCACCCAACACCACCAAUGUGAGAGGAGAAACAGCACUACAUAUGGCUGCCAGAGCUGGCCAAGCAGAAGUUGUUCGAUACCUAGUACAAAACGGAGCUCAGGUAGAAGCCAAAGCUAAGGAUGACCAAACGCCACUACACAUUUCUGCCCGAUUGGGAAAAGCUGAUAUAGUGCAGCAGUUGUUACAGCAAGGAGCAUCUCCAAAUGCAGCCACUACUUCUGGGUAUACACCACUACAUCUUGCUGCUCGAGAGGGACAUGAAGAUGUAGCCUCAGUUCUUUUGGAUCAUGGUGCAUCUUUAUCUAUAAUUACAAAGAAAGGGUUUACUCCUCUGCAUGUAGCUGCAAAAUAUGGAAAAAUUGAAGUAGCCAACCUUCUGCUUCAGAAGAAUGCAUCUCCAGAUGCUGCUGGAAAGAGUGGUUUAACUCCACUCCACGUAGCUGCACACUACGAUAAUCAGAAAGUGGCACUUCUGCUCUUGGACCAGGGAGCUUCACCUCACGCAUCUGCAAAGAAUGGUUAUACACCACUGCACAUAGCUGCCAAGAAAAACCAGAUGGAUAUAGCGACUACAUUGCUUGAAUAUGGUGCUGAUGCUAAUGCUAUUACCAGACAGGGUAUUGCCCCUGUACAUCUUGCAUCCCAGGAAGGCCAUGUGGACAUGGUGUCAUUGCUUCUUACUAGAAAUGCUAAUGUGAAUCUUAGCAACAAGAGUGGACUGACACCACUUCACCUGGCUGCUCAAGAGGACAAAGUCAAUGUGGCAGAGGUUCUUGUUAAUCAAGGGGCUGUUGUUGAUGCAGCAACAAAGAUGGGAUACACUCCAUUACAUGUUGGCUGCCACUAUGGAAACAUAAAGAUUGUUAAUUUCCUUCUGCAACACUUUGCUAAAGUUAAUGCCAAAACGAAGAAUGGGUACACCCCUCUACACCAAGCUGCUCAGCAGGGACACACCCAUAUCAUUAACGUCUUGCUCCAGAAUGGCGCAUCGCCCAAUGAACUCACUGUGAAUGGGAACACUGCCCUGGCCAUUGCUAAACGACUUGGCUACAUUUCAGUUGUUGACACGUUGAAGAUCGUGACAGAAGAGACCAUGACUACAAUUACUGUCACAGAAAAGCAUAAAAUGAAUGUACCAGAAACUAUGAAUGAAGUUCUUGACAUGUCUGAUGAUGAAGUACGUAAAGCCUACACCCCUGAAAUUCUCAGUGAUGGUGAAUAUAUGUCAGAUGUUGAAGAAGGUGAGGAUGCAAUGACAGGCGAUACAGACAAAUAUCUUGGGCCACAGGAUCUAAAAGAGUUGGGAGAUGAUUCCCUGCCUGCUGAAGGAUACAUGGGCUUUAGUCUAGGAGCCCGCUCUGCCAGCCUCCGCUCCUUCAGUUCGGAUAGGUCCUACACUCUGAACAGAAGUUCCUAUGCACGAGACAGCAUGAUGAUUGAAGAAUUGCUGGUACCAUCAAAGGAUCCGCACCUGACAUUUCCAAGGGAAUUUGAUUCUGAUUCUCUCAGACAUUAUAGCUGGGCUGCAGACACCUUGGACAAUGUUAACCUUGUCUCAAGUCCCAUCCAUUCUGGUUUUCUGGUUAGUUUUAUGGUUGAUGCACGUGGGGGCUCAAUGCGGGGUAGUCGCCAUCAUGGAAUGAGAAUUAUUAUUCCACCACGCAAAUGUACAGCACCCACCCGCAUCACCUGCCGUUUGGUAAAGAGGCAUAAACUGGCCAGCCCACCACCAAUGGUUGAAGGAGAAGGAUUAGCCAGUAGACUGGUAGAAAUGGGGCCUGCAGGUGCACAGUUUUUAGGCCCUGUCAUAGUGGAAAUCCCACAUUUUGGAUCAAUGCGAGGAAAAGAAAGAGAACUGAUUGUCCUUCGCAGUGAAAAUGGUGAAACAUGGAAGGAACACCAGUAUGACAGCAAACAUGAAGACUUAAAUGAAAUUCUCAAUGGCAUGGAUGAAGAGCUGGAUAGCGCUGAGGAACUAGAGAAGAAGCGUAUCUGUAGAAUCAUCACGAAGGAUUUUCCUCAGUACUUUGCUGUGGUUUCACGAAUUAAGCAGGAAAGUAACCAAAUUGGUCCUGAGGGAGGUGUUUUGAGCAGUACAACUGUGCCUCAUGUCCAAGCAUCCUUCCCAGAGGGUGCUCUAACUAAAAGAAUUCGAGUGGGCCUCCAGGCUCAACCAGUUCCAGAUGAGAUUGUCAAAAAAAUCCUCGGAAACAAAGCAACUUUCAGCCCCAUUGUCACUGUGGAACCAAGAAGAAGAAAAUUUCAUAAACCUAUAACAAUGACAAUUCCUGUGCCACCCCCUUCAGGAGAAGGUGUGACGAAUGGUUACAAAGGAGACACCACACCUAGCCUUCGACUUUUAUGUAGCAUUACAGGAGGGACUUCACCUGCUCAAUGGGAGGAUAUCACAGGAACCACUCCAUUGACGUUUAUAAAUGACUGUGUUUCUUUCACAACCAACGUUUCAGCCAGAUUUUGGCUGGCAGACUGCCAUCAGGUACUAGAAACUGUCGGCCUUGCCACACAACUUUAUAGGGAAUUAAUAUGUGUUCCUUAUAUGGCUAAGUUUGUGAUAUUUGCCAAAAUGAAUGAUCCUGUGGAAUCUAAUUUGCGUUGCUUCUGCAUGACUGAUGAUAAAGUGGACAAAACUUUGGAGCAACAAGAGAAUUUUGAAGAAGUUGCAAGAAGUAAAGAUAUUGAGGUUCUGGAAGGAAAACCCAUUUAUGUUGAUUGCUAUGGAAAUCUGGCCCCUUUGACAAAAGGAGGACAACAGCUUGUUUUUAAUUUUUAUGCUUUCAAGGAAAAUAGACUGCCAUUCUCUAUUAAGAUUAGAGACACCAGCCAAGAGCCUUGUGGUCGUUUAUCAUUUUUGAAAGAACCAAAGACUACAAAAGGACUGCCACAAACAUCUGUUUGCAACUUAAAUAUUACUCUUCCAGCACACAAAAAGGAAACAGAGUCAGAUCAAGAUGAUGAGACGGAGAAAUCAGACCGGCGUCAAAGCUUUGUCUCUCUUGCUUUACGUAAGCGCUACAGCUAUCUGACUGAGCCUGGAAUGAAAACAGUUGAACGGACCGCAGGAGCAACAAGAUCCCUACCUGCUACUUAUUCAUACAAGCCAUUCUUUUCAACAAGACCAUAUCAGUCAUGGACAACAGCUCCAAUUACAGUGCCUGGACAAACUAAAUCAGGCUUCACCUCCCUAUCGAGCUCUUCCUCCAAUACUCCUACAGCUUCCCCAUUAAAAUCAAUAUGGUCUGUUUCUUCUGCUUCUCCAAUCAAAUCCACGUUAGGAGCUUCUACUACCUCUUCAGUUAAAUCUGUUAAUGACGUAGCAUCUCCAAUUAGAUCAUUUCGGACAAUCUCUUCACCAAUAAAAACCGUUGUAUCACAGCCUCCAUAUAAUAUCCAAGUUUCUUCUGGUUCUUUUGUCAGAGCUCCUGCAGUAACAGAAGCCAGUAAUUUAAAAGGGAUGGCAUCCACUUCAACAUUUCCUUCUCGGACAUCUCCAGUGACUACAGCAGGGUCUCUUUUGGAGAGAUCAUCCAUCACCAUGACACCUCCAGCAUCCCCCAAAUCGAACAUUAACAUGUAUUCUUCAAGUUUGCCAUUUAAGUCUAUCAUUACAUCAGCAUCACCACUUUUAACUUCACCUUUAAAGUCAGUGGUUUCUCCUGCUAAGUCAGCAGUUGAUGCUGUUUCACCAUCUAAAGUCAUGACGACUUCAUCUCUCUCAUCACCUGUGAAACAUAUACCUGGGCCUACAGAUGUAGCAUUGGUUAAUGGAUCCGUGUCACCUCUGAAAUAUCCAUCCUCUGCCAAUGUAAUAACUGGAUCCAAAACUGCAGCUAUGUUUCAAGACAAGAUCUCUGCAGCUACAGAUUCUGCAGGAUGUGCUGCUAAUCUAGCCACUGAUACAGUUGAGAAAGUAUUUCCGACCACUACUACAAUGCCAUUUUCUCCACUCAGGGCAUUUGUGUCUUCAACACCAUCUGCUUUUCAGUCAAUAAGAACUCCUUCUGCAGGUGCACUAUAUACAUCUUUUGGGUCAAUAUCUGCAACUACCUCAUCAGUAACUUCAUCAACAAUAACAGUGCCAGUAUAUUCUCUAGUCAAUGUUUUAUCUGAACCAGCAUUAAAGAAGCUUCCAGAGUCUUCACUUACAAAAUCAGCAGCUGCAUUACUAUCACCUAGUAAAACAUUGACUACAGAGACACGUACACAGCCUCACUUUAAUCGGACUUCAUCUCCUAUGAAAUCAUCCUUGUUUUUAGCACCUUCUGCUCUUAAAUUGUCUACACCAUCUUCUUUAUCCUCCAGCCAGGAGAUAUUGAAAGAUGUUGCUGAAAUGAAAGAGGACCUAAUCAGGAUGACUGCAAUAUUGCAGACAGAUGUAACGGAGGACAAGCCAUUCCAACCUGAACUAACAAAAGAGGGUAGAAUUGAUGAUGAAGAACCUUUUAAAAUUGUUGAGAAAGUAAAAGAAGACUUGGUAAAAGUUAGUGAGAUACUGAAAAAAGAUGUGUGUUUAGAAAAUAAAGAGUCGACCAGAGUGUCAAAAAGCGAUAAAGGACACUUAUCUGAAGAUGAAUGGGUAGAGUUCAGUACAGAGGAGAUUGAUGAAGCAAGACAGCAGGCUAUAACGUGCCAUCCUGUUCCAGAAAAAGGGCAAAUUAAAGCUAAAGCUGCAUCUGAAAAGGAUUACAAUUUGGCAAAAGUUAUUGAUUAUUUAACAAAUGAUAUUGGUAGUAGUUCAUUGGCAAACAUAAAGUACAAGUUUGAAGAGGGGAAAAAAGAUGAAGAGAGACAAAAACGCAUUUUAAAACCAGUGAUUGCUUUACAGGAACAUAAACUUAAAAUGCCUCCAGCCUCCAUGAGGCCUUCUACUUCAGAAAAAGAAUUAUGUAAAAUCGCAGAUUCCUUUUUUGGAACAGAUACUAUUUUAGAAUCUCCAGAUGAUUUUUCUCAACAUGACCAAGAUAAAAGUCCUUUGUCUGACAGUGGCUUUGAAACAAGAAGUGAAAAAACACCUUCAGCCCCACAAAGUGCUGAAAGCACAGGGCCAAAACCACUUUUCCAUGACGUACCCAUCCCUCCUGUUAUUACAGAAACAAGAACUGAAGUAGUUCAUGUUAUCCGCAGCUAUGAACCAUCAUCAGAAGAGAUUCCAGAGCAGCAAACAGAGGAGCUACCUUCAUUGAAACCUGCACUUACUUUAAUGGAGUUGGAACAAAAACCCACUGGGUCUAUUAAAGAAAAGGUUAAAGCAUUUCAAAUGCAAACCAGCAGCAGUGAAGAAGAUGACCACAAGUGUGUUCUUAGCAAAGGUGUCCGGGUGAAAGAAGAAACUCACAUCACUACUACUACUAGAAUGGUUUAUCAUAAACCUCCAUGCACUGAAAGUACCUCGGAAAGAAUUGAGGAAACAAUGUCUGUUCAUGACAUAAUGAAAGCCUUUCAAUCAGGACGUGACCCUUCCAAAGAACUGGCAGGUCUGUUUGAACAUAAAUCGUCAGUAACAUCAGAUGUUAGCAAGUCUGCUGAAACUUCACCACAACAUGCAGAGAAGGACAGCAAAAUGAAACCCAAACUGGAGCGUAUAAUAGAGGUCCAUAUUGAAAAAGGUAAUCAAGCUGAACCUACUGAAGUCAUUAUUAGAGAAACAAAAAAGCAUCCAGAAAAAGAAAUGUAUGUAUAUCAGAAAGACUUACCUCGGGGAGAUAUUAACUUAAAAGGUUUGGAAAAACAUGAUACUUUUCCUUGUUCUGAUGAACAAGGUCAGCAAGAAGAAGAAGAGCUAACAGCUGAAGAGUCACUUCCUUCUUAUCUGGAAUCUUCUAGAGUAAACACUCCUGUGUCUCAGGAAGAAGACAGUCGCCCUAGUUCUGCUCAACUCCUGUCUGAUGACUCUUACAAAACACUGAAGCUUUUGAGUCAACACUCAAUAGAAUACCAUGAUGAUGAGUUGUCAGAAUUAAGAGGGGAGUCUUACAGGUUUGCUGAGAAAAUGCUUCUUUCAGAAAAGCUAGAUGUGUCUCAUUCUGAUACUGAGGAGUCAGUUACUGACCAUGCUCUACCCCUUAGUUCAGAGUUACAGGGGUCUGAUAAACAAUGCAGAGAAAAAGUAGCCACUGCCCCCAAAAAAGAAAUUCUUUCCAAAAUCUAUAAAGAUGUGUCCGAAAAUGGUGUAGGUAAAAUGUCUAAAGAUGAUCAUUAUGAUAAAGUGACAGUGUUACACUACACUGGAGAUGUUAGUAGUCCAAAACAUGCCAUGUGGAUGCGCUUUACUGAGGACAGAUUAGACAGAGGUAGAGAAAAGAUGAUGUAUGAAGACAGGGUGGACAGGACUGUUAAGGAAGCAGAAGAAAAACUGACUGAAGUAUCACAGUUUUUUCGGGACAAAACAGAAAAGUUGAAUGAUGAGCUACAAUCUCCAGAGAAAAAGCAACAUAAAAAAAAUGGCAAAGAAAUGCAUUCUAGUCAUAGCUCUGCCAGCAGCAGCCCUGAAAAAGUACUGCUCACUGAAAUAGUGACAUUGAGUGAUGACUGGAGUAAAGUACAGCAGUAUGGGCAUGAUGGAAAGUGUUCUCCAAAAGCCGAUGAAAGAAAAGCAGCAAGUUUGCCCAGCAGUCCUGAAAGAAGGAUUCUUGCUCAACAAACAGGGGACUGUAAACAAACUAUGGAACACAAAGGAAAUGCUCCGCAGAGUAAACCAACUGAAGCUUCACAGACUGGAUUUCAGCUAAAACAAUCCAAGCUUAAUUCCAUUAAACUUAAAUUUGAACAAAGUAUAAGUCCAAGGACUAAAGAUCUAUCUCAAGAAGAAAAAAAGGAAGAUAGUCAAUCCAAAAUUCCAGUAAAGAAAUUACAAGAAAGCAAACUACCAGUGUAUCAGUUUUAUGCAAGAGAAAAGCACCCAAAGCAAAUAGAUCUGACAGAAGGAAAUACAUCAUUGCAAAAAGAAUUUACUACUAUGAAAUUGAAAGAAGAUAAUGUCCAAGGUAAAGGAAAAGUUAUAGAAGACAUUUGUGCUUCAAAGGUACAGGAACAGAGCACUGAAACAUCAAGUAAAAGUCUGCUAGAAUAUACUUCUGAACAGCAAGCUAAAGACUUGGCAUAUAGCUCAGACUUACCAGCUAAGGGACAUUGGGACAAAAAAAUCUAUCGAACAUGGGAAAGUCCUGGAGCUUCUAACCAUAAAGCACAAAAAGAAAAGCUUUCCCAUGUACUUGUUCAAGAUAUGGUGAAAGAAAACCAUGUUGACUAUGCUGAGACUAAAACUAACAAAAAGAGUGAAUUUAUCACUGUGACAGAGUGUGAACACAAAUUGCCAACACAUGGAUCCCAUUCAAAGGAGAUGAAGGAAAUGACUGUAAAAUCUCCAUCAAAAAAGGUUCUAUACAGAGAGUUUGUUGUCAGAGAAGGGGAAUACACCAAUGAAAUGACAGAUAAAACUUCAAAAAGAAAGGAAUUGACUGUGUCCCACAUUCCAGUCAGAAUUUCUGAGGAGAAAAGAAUUUCAUCUCCUACCAUUCUUGAUAGUGUUUAUGAUCAGUCAAAAAAAGCAGUAUAUGAACUGUCAGCUAAAGUGUCCCGGUCAACUAUGAUUAAGGAGCAAGUUCAGAGAGAAUUUGAUUAUGUAGAAGAUGAAAAAAUAAAGCAUUCAAAAGUCACUAAAGUUACCAAGCAACAAGGUUCCAUAGUGUUAAGUCCUCCUGUGGAGGAAACUGAAAUAUCCCCUAGCAAAUCACCUGAUUCUUUAGACAUUAGUCCUGGAAAGGAAUCUCCUUCAAGUGAGGUAUUUGACCCUAGUCCCCUUGAUUACUUGGAUAAAGUUGCACCUUUAGUAAAUAGUGAGGGAGUGAAAGAGGUAAAGACUUUGCCAGUUUAUGUCAGUUUUGUUCAAGUAGGAAAGCAGUAUGAAAAGGAGGUGCAACAAGGAAAUGUAAAAAAAAUUGUAAGUCAGGAAAGUAAGACAGUACAAGAGACUAGGGGGACAUUUUAUACAGCUAGACAGCAAAAACAACCGCCUUCUCCACAAGGUAGUCCAGAAGAUGACACUCUAGAACAAGUAUCCUUUAUAGAUAGCUCUGGGAAAAGCCCUUUAACACCAGAAACACCCAGCUCAGAGGAAGUGAGUUAUGAGUUUACCUCUAAAACACCCGACUCACUAAUAGCUUAUAUACCAGGCAAGCCCAGUCCCAUACCUGAGGUUUCUGAGGAAUCAGAAGAGGAAGCAGAGGCUAAGUCAACCUCUGUAAAACACAUAGCAGUGGAAGCACCAAAAAUUGACAAAAUAUUGCCUAAUAAUAUAAACAAAGAUUCUAACAAAAGACCCAAAAGUAACAGAGUUGCCUACAUUGAAUUCCCACCUCCUCCACCAUUAGAUGCAGAUCAAUCUGAUUCAGAAAAGAAUCAUCGUUAUUCCCCUGAGAGUGAAAUGGAGAUGAUAGAAGUAAAUCUGCAAGAUGAAUAUGACAAAUGUCAACUGGCUGAACCAGUCAUAAGAGUACAGCCACCUUCCCCCGUGCCACCGGGAGCAGAUGUCAGUGACUCUAGUGAUGAUGAAUCACUCUAUCAACCAGUUCCAUUAAAAAAGUAUACUUUUAAAUUAAAAGAAGUUGAAGAUGACCAGAAAGAAGUCUCAAAACCCAAAGUUUCUGACAAGAGUCAGAACCAGAAAGAGUUAGGGGAUCCCGGUUCUGGAAAACCUAAUGAGUUUGACAUUGGUCUUGAGUCACCCCAGAAUGACAUAGCACAAAAUGGGACUAAUGACCAGUCUAUCACCGAGUGUUCCAUAGCAACCACUGCAGAAUUCUCUCAUGAUACAGAUGCAACUGAAAUUGACUCUCUCGACGGUUAUGAUUUACAAGAUGAAGACGAUGGUUUAACUGAGAGUGAUUCUAAACUUGCAGGUCCAGCAGUAGAAACCAAAAAGGAUAUAUGGACUACAGAGGGCAUUUUAAAACAGACUGAUCGUUGCUUUAGCCAAAGUAAGCUGGAAGUUAUUGAGGAGGAAGGAAAGAUAGGCGCUGAAGAAGACAAGGCACUUGCAAAAGGUCCAGGUUCUGAAAAGAAUGCAGAUAAGACUGAGCAGAAGUCAGGUGCACAGUUUUUCACCUUGGAAGGCAGACACCCUGACAGAACUGUGUUUCCUGAUUCGUAUUUCAGUUACAAAGUAGAUGAAGAAUUUGCAACACCUUUUAAAACAGUAGCUACCAAAAGUCUAGAUUUUGAUCCAUGGUCCAGUAAUCGAGGAGAUGAUGAAGUAUUUGAAACUAAAUCAAGGGAUGAUGAGGCUAAGCCAUUUGGUCUGGCAGUAGAAGACAGAUCGCAAGCAACGACACCUGAUACAACUCCAGCCAGAACUCCAACGGAUGAAAGUACUCCAACUAGUGAGCCCAACCCCUUCCCAUUUCAUGAAGGGAAGAUGUUUGAGAUGACUCGCAGUGGUGCAAUUGACAUGAGCAAGAGGGAUUUUGUUGAAGAAAGACUCCAAUUUUUUCAGAUUGGUGAGCAUACUUCUGAAGGGAAGUCAGGGGACAAGGGGGAAGGGGAUAAAAGUACAGUAACUGCCAUCACACAGCCACAGUCAGGGGACAGCAUUGUAGAAACAAACUUAGAGAGACAAGUAGAAACAACAGCAGUUGAACAUAAGCCCAUCAUCCAGGCCAGUGGAGAUUGUAUGGAAGCCACACUUGGUAGUAAUUCUCUGGAGAAAUCAUCGACAACUGUUAACACUUCUAAAGUUGAUCCCAAAUUGCGCACACCUAUUAAAAUGGGAAUUUCUGCUUCCACGAUGACUCUGAAGAAAGAUGGCCCUGGAGAAGUGACAGAUAAGAUAGAAGCUGCGAUGCCCAGCGGUCAGGGAUUAGAAAAUGAAAAUGUAGUAGUGAUUACAAGUUCAGCUACUAGCGAGAGAAGCUGUAGGCAAAAAGAAAAACUUGAUUUUCAAAAAGAUAAUUUUAAUAACAACAACAAUUUGGAUUCAUCUGCUAGCCAUACAAAUAAUAAUACCUGUAAUGUAGAGCUAAAAGAACAUUGUGAAUCCAAGUGUUCCAUACAGAAAGCUAACCAAAUGAAAAGCACUUCAGGAAAAGGGACAGGGGCAACACAAGGACACAGAAUAACAGAUAAGCAAAAAGUACAAGGACAGCAGCAAAGGUCAAGGGAGUUGGUAGGGAGUAGAGCAAAAUCAAAACUUCCCAUAAAGGCCAGUUCAGUAAAAGAAGUCGUCCCACAAAAUAAUGUCCAAAAAAGUACAGCGAGUAAAGUGAGACAGGCUAGUAAACCCGACAAAAUAAAACAAAAUAAUUCUUCUCCAUGUCUAGAAGUAAAAUCUAAGAUUCCAAUAAAAAAUACACCCAGAAAAAAUCUAGCUAUAUCUAGAAAAACACCAACAAUGCAAAAGCAAGAGCAGUUAGAGAAAGGAAAAAUCAAACAGCUUCCUUCCAAAUUACCAGUAAAGGUAAGGUCUACCUCCGUCACAAUGACAACAGUGAAAGUAAGGAAAAAUCAGCUUAGGGAGGUAUGUAAACAUUCUAUUGAAUAUUUUAAGGGAAUUAGUGGUGAGACAUUAAAGCUUGUGGAUCGUCUAUCUGAUGAAGAGAAAAAGAUGCAGUCAGAGGUGUCUGAUGAUGAAGAAGACAGUUCAUCAAGAAAUACAUCAUCAGAAGCUACUCAAGUUUACCAGCCUUCCAUUACAUCGAAGUCUGCUAGAGAUAUGAGAACAGAGGCAGCAUCUUUAAAAUCAAAGAUUGAAAAGGUCGACAGUGAGAGGAGGAGAAGUAAGAGGACUGGUCCACAGAGUCCAUGUGAACGAACAGACAUAAGGAUGGCAAUUGUAGCUGAUCAUCUGGGACUUAGCUGGACAGAACUGGCAAGAGAACUGAAUUUUUCUGUGGAUGAAAUUAAUCAAAUCCGUGUAGAAAACCCAAAUUCUCUGAUUGCUCAGAGUUUCAUGUUAUUAAAAAAAUGGGUUACCAGAGAUGGGAAAAAUGCUACAACUGAUGCCUUAACCUCUGUAUUGACAAAAAUUAACCGAAUAGAUAUUGUGACCCUGUUGGAAGGACCAAUAUUUGAUUAUGGAAACAUUUCAGGCACCAGAAGUUUUGCAGAUGAAAAUAACGUUUUUCAUGAUCCCGUUGAUGGUUGGCAGAGUGAGGCAUCAAGUGUCCACAUUGAACCACCAACACCUGGGCGCAGAAUAAGUGGUGAACUACUAGAUCGGCUAGAUGAUAGCCCUGACCAAUGUAGGGAUUCUAUUACCUCAUACCUGAAAGGAGAAACUGGGAAAGUUGAAGCCAAUGGAAGCCGCACAGAAACUACAACAGAAGUAAAGACUAAAUCUUAUGUUCAAGAGUCUAUAAACAAAGUGGGAAAACAGAGUGACAAGGAAACUCUGAAACCAAAAACACGAAGUUCUGUCCAUACUGAAGAGCAAACAUUAUUAACAGCAUAUCAGAAAUCUUUAGAAGAGACCAGCAAGCCAACAGUAGAAGAGCCUAAAACCUCUGUGCCUGUCAGCAUGAAGAAGAUGAGCUGGAAAACUCCUGAAGAUAGCAAGCCAAGAGCAAACAUCCAGGAAGAGGCAGGAGCAGCAACGUCUGAACAAAAGCAGGGAGAAGGUUAUAAGGUUAAGACGAAGAGAGAAGUCAGACAUGUGGAGAAGAAGAGUUAUUCAUAACAGCAGAACACUGAACGGGUUGUGUGCUUUUACUGCCAGUGUUCUAGACAGACACUAUGGAAGAAAAAUCAACAGGAAUUAAACAUUCACUGAUACAAGUGUGCGUGUGUUUGCAGCUUCCACACAUUAACCGCAUGGUCUUUAUGCAAAAAAACAAUAAAAAUUUAAUUUAGCAUGAGCCAAUUUACAGAGCAUGGAAAUUCACUGUCAUUCACGGGAUUCGAGAGUGUGCAAUUAACAAUGCAGUGUAUAUACAAGAUUGCCAUGCUGUUAACAGCUUUAUUUCAAGCAAUUUGAUGUCAUCAUAAAAGAAAUAAAUUCCUGUGGUCAGAGGGGACAUAAGAAGAUGAAAUGGCUAAACCAUGGAAAGACACUAAAAUUACUAAAUCCACAACAGCUCGCCUUAUUUUUCUUGGACCCAAACUGUCAGGGUAUAAAACACUAUUUGUUUCUUUUUUAAACAUCAAUAGUUUUGCUGUAAAUAAAUAACACUGUAUAAAUUCUAACAGAAAAUAGAAUGAAUGUUGAUAAGGCACUGCCUCUUAGAUCACAAACAGAAUAUUGCAAAUGCAUCAAACAAAAUAGGUGUCUCAAAUGGCUACACCUACAAGGAUAUUCUGCGUGUAUCUUCACAGAUUCUUGUAUAUUAGCAAUUAUUAUGUUUGUAUAUGCAAAAAUGCUAGCUUGAUUUUAAAAAAAUCUUUAAAAUCUGCUGCAAAUUUAAAUGAUUCCCAAAAUGAGGAAUUCAGUAGUUCUGUGAAAACUUUUCUUCAGAGUACUAAUAUUUUGAUGCAUGUGUUUCACCUUAUUUUGAUUAAAUCUUUUCCAGUUUUGCAAACACUAUACUGCAACAUGAUAAAUAGGAUUUUAUCUGUAAACACAAAGCCCUUCAUCUAAUAUUUGUUGCUGUUGCCAAUUUUUCAAUGAAAUGACCUAAAAAAAUACCAUAUACAGUAGUUGCAUUAUGGGGAGGGGGGUGCUAUCUGUUCUCGCUUUAUAAUGGGGGUAAUGCUUGCAGCUUUAGAACUGGGUUGGUGCUCUUAUAAAGCACAAGUUUGGGAUAUUUUAAAAUGAACCGAAGAGAAAUUAUUAGCUAAUAGACUGGCAGCACGCUGUAAAAUUAUUACUGUAUUGUGUACUGGCUAUAAGAUGUAGAAUCUUUCAGUAAGCCAAUCAUCUGUAAUCAUUCUAGCAGUGUAAUAUUAGGUUGUUAAGGCUGCUGUGUUUUAAAGGGCAUUUUUAUUUGGGUUUUGGUGAAAUACUUUAAUUUGUUGAUUAUAUUCAUAUGAAAACAACAUUCAUUGAUAAUAGCUCUAAUUACGUAUGUAUGAAAACAACAUACACUGGAUGAUCUAGCUGAUUAUUUAAGCAUAAAAUAAAUUGUGUUAAAACUCUUCAAUAAUGUGUAUUUUGCAGUAUUAUUACACCUUUUAAAAUCAUGUCUUCAGAAUGCCAACCAUUAAUUAUCCUAGCCCUUUUCACUUCUGUCUCACUCAGUUUGCUUUGUAUGACACCAGUGAGAUCGGCCAUCACUUGGCAUGCUUUGCCCAAGUGGACCAAAAAGGGGCGAUGUAUCAUGCAUCACAUCCUCAACUAAAUUAGGCAAAGCCCUGCUACCUACACCUGUUGGAUUAUUCCAUUUAUGAAACACAUAUAGCACUAGGGAAAGGAUUGUGUUAAAACAGGUGUUACUUGACCAAUGUCACAAGUUAAAGACAAAUAGAAAUGGAAGACUUGUGGCACCUUAGAGACUAACAAAUUUAUUUGAGCAUAAGCUUUCGUGAGCUACAGCUCACUUCAUUGGAUGCAUUCAGUGUCCUCUCAUACAUAACUCUGGUACCUUCUUUUACUCUAUUUCACAUAAUCAAGACCCAAUAAAAAUACUACUUAACAAACUAGUUUCAUUCCCAACACAUCCAUAAUCACACUGAUCCCCUGUAGAUCAUACACAUACCUCCUGUACAUUAUAUAUCAUGGAUCACCAUAAUAGUGCCAGCAUGAUGGAAUAAACCACCAUGAAUCUACAAUCACUGUCCAAUACUGGGUCCAUCCUUUUGGACACUGUGAUACAUGCCAUCAAUCAAUUGACUCUAUUGUUUGUGCCAUUCUUAAUUAUUUUACAAUAAAUAACUGACCUAUUUACAAUAUUCACAUACUCCCUUUUACCUGGUGUAACAGUAUUAAAAAUGAGAUAUUUGUCACUAACUGGCAUUACUGGUGUUUCAUGCAUUACACCAUUUUCAUCAUCCUUCCAAAUUCUGGGCCAGAUCGUGUCACGGAAUAAAUUGGGAUAGUUCCAUUGACUUCAGUGGCGUUCUGCCAAUUUACACCAGCUAAGGAUCUGUUCUUACGUGUUUAUUAUAUGUUAAUGUUAGCACAUCAACUUAUCUUUGUCAAUAUUUGUCAACAUGGCUGGAAAUUUUGGAAGCUGUGGCAAUAAAUGAAAUGUUCUUUAUAAUUCUUAGAAGACAUUAUAUGUUGCAGUACAUAUUUUACCCCAAUCAUAAUAUUUACUGCUGCCAUAUUCAAAUGCCUCUGCUCAUCACCCCAGUGAAUUUGAAGGGUAACUAUCACCUCCCUCACUUACUCUGUUGAAGCACAAGUAGUUAUUACUGGGGUCCACAGUCCUGUGUGACUCUGUGAUAUUCCAAUAUCGUCAUCUUCACUAGUCAGUAGCAAUCUACCCACCAGAGCAAGGAUUCUCAGACCCUUUCAUAAUGUAGACCAUAGCUUAAACCAUAUCUGCCUUGUAAAGAGAUUGUCUUGUAGACACUCUCUUUCAAAAUCAUACAGACCACUUGCCCUCCCAUCCAUGAUUGUAUGACAUCCCUGAAACAACUACAAUCAUUGUUUGCUUGGAAAAAUAAUACGUAUUGCAUGCAUUCUAGCUAUCUUUUAAUGCAAUUUACAAGAUAGAAACCAAGAAGAGAGCCAGCACAUGACAGCCAUGCUAAUCACCAGCAAUCAUGAGUCUGAGAACCACUGCACUACAGUCUUGAGUUCCUCUUUAUCUCUCUCAUGAUAGCUAAGAGAACUAAUGGCAAUCAGGAUUUUGUCUCAUCCAUGUCUUCUCUGCAGAGGCCCCUUUCAGAGUUCCUAUUUGAUAGAAGAAGGGGCUUUAGUUAUAUUUGGUGGACAGAAGUUCUGUUUCCUGAGACAGAUAAUUAUACGAAAGUAUACAUGUGAACCUAGCUGGGCCUCAGACCAACAACAGAGAAGCUGGAAGCAACAACAAAAGUUAAGAAGAAGCCAGAUUUACAAGAAGGUUAGAACUGGAGCAGAGUUUACCAGAGCCCUCAGCCCUGUUUCUCUGUUGUCCUCCACCUUGUGCAAUCAUUUACACCAGGGCACAGUGAGUGGAAAAUGCUGCCAUUCCGAUUUCUACAGAAGAUGCAAGACUGUGGAAAAUCAGAGCUUCAUUUUGGGACAGCAACUGGGUGAAAUUGUUACAGGUUCAGUAUGGUUUCUGGGCUGAAUAUGCAGCAAGGAAAGAUUUUGUGUGUGCGCAUGCAGACAGACACACAAAUGCAGUGAGAAGAAUUAAGAAGAGAACUGUCAACCUGCCAACCCUGAGGUGUCGCUAGCAUCUGUUGGUUCACAUGCCUUUCAAUCCCAGUUCCAUUCUCUGAUCUGGGUCUCUACAAUGGCAAAACUUCCAUUGACUUUAAUGAGGCCAGGAAUUCAUCCUAAAUAUUUAUUACACAGCUCUGGGAUUACUAACGUAUGGAAGGGGAGGAACUACCCUGACUGGUUCUACCAAAGUGUGUGGCUUUAUUAAGCAACCACAACAUUUAAAUGCUGAUAAACUGUCAUAUUUUCUGUAAAAAUUGAACAUCAAUGGUAAACUGUACAAAGCUGUUUCUAUUCAAUCCUUAGUGUGUGAUGCACUUGCAUUGAUAUUAUUGAUCUCACUGUGUGCAGGGGUAUACAUUUUAAUCGUGCACAGAGGGUGUUAUUUCCUAAUGACAAAUAAUAGGAACCUUCUGAUAAAGGAAAAUAUGCUUUUGUGGGCAAAACCCUGCCCUGAGAAGAUGAACUGUGUAGUCGGAAUGGGAGGGACGAUAAGAACUAGUCUCAUCUCUGUGUUAGGCACGAGAGCCAUUCUGCGGGGCAAAGGAGAUGAGCUGCCAGGUGCAAAGAGGAGCAAUGUGUAUCUCCAGGUAGGAUGUGCUUCUAGCUGAAGGCAUGACCUUAUCCAUAGGCAAGGGACCACACUCUCAGCGGGCUGUGGACCUGCAAGCACUUUCUUGAGCACUAUGUAGGAAUCCUGCACUGCUCCUGUGAGGGUGCACCUGGGGAAGAAGAGCAGGGCUAUGAAAUCUGUACUGCCGCACAGAAAAACCAUAUUAAUGAAAUAAACAUUUACCAUGUCUUGGUGCCUGGUGAUCUGUGACCGUAUCAAGACAGACUCUUAGUGCACACCCCUAGCCUGCCCUGCCACAGAGGGCCCUGACUCAGUGGAACCAGUGCAGUUCCGCUGCAGAAUGAGGGAGGGCCUGACUUCAGACCAUGCUAAAGUUAUGUGCCCACAGAGGAUCCUAAUUCCCGAGAAUGCAAGGAGUGUUUGAGGAGCAGUACAGGCCGGUGGUGCUGUGAAUGCAGAUGCCCUGGCAAUUCACCUAUGAGGUUGUAGCAGUGGCUGCAGAGGCACAUAUGAUGCCUUUGUGAAGCAAAGGCAUCAUAUGUGAUUCCUUCCUCCAAGCCACCUCCAAAAUCCCUAGCAUGCAGCUUAGCCAUUCAGGCUGUUUGCUGAAUUCCAGAAUUUAGACCAUAAUAUAUUUGUGCAAGGGGAGAGAAAAUUAAGAUGCACAGGGGCAUCUUAAUUCUAAAUUUCCUGAGUUUAAAACUGCAAGCACAUUAAAUAUUGGGUGGACACAGUUGUUUGCAUUGAAUGUAUUCAAACAAAGCAGUAGCUCAGGGUGCACGGGGAUAGCAGGAUUAAGACAUCCUUUUAUUUAGCAUCAAACAGAAGGAGAAUGUGGGCUGGAAAUUUGCUAAAUCCUAGUGAAACACAAAUUCUCCAGUAACAGCAAAGGAAAUGCAAACAGCCCUGGCAUGAUCAUUAUCUUUUAGUGUAAUUUUCUCUUUUUUUUCCUCCCACUUUUUCUCCAGUGCAACAUUACCCUUACAAGCAAGAUUGAAAGUCAUGUGAAUAUGCUCCUAUUCAAAUUAAUGGUAUUGCAAAUUGCUGUAUUCGUUGAUGGUGUGUGUUUAAUGCUGUUUGGGUUGUUUGUGUAAUAUUCUACAUCAGUUGUUCAAUUUCUGCAAAAAUCCAUAUUCUAUUUCUUUUGUAAUUGGCUGUUAGAAAUUACUAUACUCUCUGAAGUAGAAGAUAUACUAGUGGGAUAAACUACAGCUGUCUGCAGGAGUUCUGCACCACCAUCCUUAUUAGUGCUAAUUGAAGAGGUUUCCUGGAGGUAAAACCUGCCUCUGGCUGGGGUGCUUUUGUGCAGUACAGCUUCACAGGAAAUAGUCACUCAGGACGAUAAUUUUAAGGUAAUUACAUGGAAAUAUACUGUAGAAAACUAAAAAUAAAUAAAUAAUUCCCAGAAUUCUGCUCAUUAGUACUUAAAAGGAAAAAUGAUGAAUUAGUGAUUUUUUAUUUUAAAAAAUCACUCAACCAACUAUUUAGAAUGAGUGCAAUUAUACAAAGACGUUAAGUAACUCGGUCUAUGCUGAGACAGUGGCUCUCCAGUUAAAUAAAGGACAAGUACACAGGACCCGAUUUGUGCAUUUAUGCAGUGGUGUGGUAAUGGUUUUACCUGGCAGUGGAGUAUUUUAAUAUUCAGCUCUCUAUUCAAUAUCUUCAAGUACUUGGUACAUGUUUUUGUAUUUAAUGUGUUCUCAUUUGUUUUGGAGUGUAUGGAUGGUAAUUGGGUUUAUAAAUUCUAUGUCAAUUUUUUUUUAAAGGGUCAAAUUCUCUGCAGGUGUAACUCCAUUGAGUUCAGUGGAGUUACACCAACAGAGAUUUGGCCACACAACUCCGUGAUAAAGAAACAAUCUAAUGAAGAGAGACUGCACAGACACUUACCAAAAAGUGCCAUUCACUUCAAUGGACAGACCCUGAAAAAUAGAAUGAACAAAAUACAGCGUUUUCUUUUCAUCCCAAUACCCCAGAUAUUUGCAGACACGCAUUAACCUCUCUUCGGACAUAUCGGUAAUUCUGUGAAAUUAGCAAUGGGUAAGGACACCCAGCAUCCCCAGGAGGAACUCAGCGCCUCACAGGGUCAAGUACUUCAUUUGAACUAUACAUUCAAUCUUGCAGGCCAGACAGACAGGGGCUCAAAUAGGCCACAAUUGCAGAGCCACAGAAUUUGCUGCAGAAUCCACCCCUUGACAGGUUUGUUCUCCAGAAUCAGAGUUUUCAUCUUAAAAAAACGUUUGUUCCCAGCUUGUAUGUUUGCAAGGAAAACCUUAAAAGCAUGCACCAAAUGUAAAUCAGUGUUGUUUUGCUGACUCUGCAGGCAGAUGGGAAAAGCAGCUCUGAAGGUUGUGCAUGUCCCCAUUAAUUUCAAUAGCUCAUCAACUCUGAGACUCAAAGCUGACAAUCUGAAUGUCAACAUUGUCAAUUUUUAUUCUGUUGAUCAUUUUAGCAGAUCAUCCAGUUAAUACACAUAUCCCACAAUACCAAGAUGCAUUCUAUGUCCUGACUGCUAAAAAUGAAUUCUAUUUAAUAUUUCUAUAAAUAACAGUGAGUUUAUUGUACUGAUGUAUUAUUCAGGUUCAUAUUUUGUUCAGAACAAAUCUCUAAUUUUAAAUUUAAAGGAAACUGUUGUACCAUUUCCAGGCUGUCAUACCAGAGUGCUGCAGAAAUUGACAUAGCGGGAGGGGAUACAGAAUUUAUGUCCAGCCUGCUGCACAGUACAUAGGGCCUUGCAUAAAGGGUCAUCCGUUAUUGCAUGGAAAAGGAAUUCGUAAAGGGGGGCCAAAGUGUGUUGUUCAGAAAAAUGUAUAUGCCACACUUUUCCUAAUUGCUGACACCGAAAACAGGAUGCUAAUUGUAAAUGGUUUUAUUUAUUUGAUCCUAAAUCCAGGAGCAAGGUACAAAUGUAUAAUAAAGUUUACUGGUAUUUUCCCCAUCAUGCUAAUGUUGAAUUAUUGAGAAGCCAUUUGACCUAUAAAACAGAAAUGCACAGCACUCCUUGGAAAGCUCCCAGAAGCUGUAUAUUAUUAUAGCACAACAGCUAGAACAACAAAGCGAACCUACUACAAAUGAUGAAAAAAAUUUGGGGGGGAAAUUACAAAAAAAGAAAAAAACAAGAGCUAACUAUCUCAUUGGAUGUACAUUUAUUGCUACAUGACACAACAUCAUAAUUAAUUAUACUGUACUCCACAGAUAUUUCUCUUUAUAUACUCCUCUGCUAGGAGUGGUGGUAAGAAAGAAACUGUGUAUUUCUCACCCGGUUUUAUCAUAGGCCCAUAGCUUCAUUUUCUAAGUAUCGUAUCGUGCAUUACAGAAGGCAAUGGACCUUUAGUUGUUGAUUUCAAUGGCAGCAGGAUUAGGCCAUAAAUUCUGAGCCUAAUACUAGUGAAUUGGUUUCCCUCUGUUCUUAGUACUGUUUUUCAAAUGAAACUUUUGCCUAUGUACUAGCUAUUAUCCUAAUGGUAGAAGGAUCUAUAUAGAGAUAUUCUCAUUUUAAUGCUUUAUUGCGAGGUAAUUCCAUUUGACUCACAGUUGUUUGUUUAUUUCUUAAACAAGAUUUUUUACAUUAAUUGCCUUUUAAUAUGCAUUUGUAUAUUUUCUUGAAUUGGUUUUUUUUUUCUGUCUCAGAAUAGGAUACAGAAUUUUCCCUGGCUUCAGCUCUCCUUUUUCCUUUCAACCUAUACAAUUUAAAUAUUGGUAAUAUAAUUGUAAUGUUACAAAUGACUAAUGGCCCUCUGUAUUGUAUUAAAGAUUUUAUUAAACCCUCAAGCAUACCUAUUCGAACCACCAUAGCUAGCAAUACGUUUUAUAAAAAUAUUGCUGUCAAUUAUGUGAAUUUAUGAAAUUGUGUUGUAAUUGCCCAUUAUCUCCUGUAAUGAUAGUUGCUGUCAAGAAAUACAUUCCUUUUUAUUGCUUCCUU